AUGGUUUUGACGCUCGCGCAGCUCAUCUUUCCAAGGCGCCGCCCGCGGGAGGCCCGCUCCAGCGUCGCCCCACCGCAGGAUGACGUGCCCACGCUCUCACCGUCGCCUCCCAAGGCAGCCGCCGCCGCGGAUCGCCUGCCCUUCUGGCGACGUCUGUUGUGUGCGCCUGAGCUGCCCGACAUGAGCCUGCUGGCCUCCUCCGCCCCGCCGCGGCGGGGGGCGGCCCACGCCUCAAGCAGCCGUGCCCCCUCCAUCGUUACCUCCGAGCCGGAGCCGGCGGCGGCGUCCGCCUCGGUCACCCACAGAGCGAAGGGCGGGACUCUGAGAGCGGCGAAGAGUGUCUUUGCGGAGCCGUGGCAGCGCGCCGCGCACGCCGAUAACGACGGGGCCGUGCGGUCGGAUUCAUUUUUUUCCACCGGCGCCGCACCGGCGCCGUCCGCGCGUUGGGUCGUGAGUGACACACGCCGCAUGCAGACGAAGACGGAGGGCUCAUCGGGCGGCUGUUCGUCGCCGACCUCGCCAGCGCUGCGCCUCGGCUCAAGUUCAGCCCGGCUGCAGCUGAAGCAGGCACGCAGCGAGCAGCUGAGGAUGGAGGCACGGCAACGAAAGGAACUGCAGCGGGAUGAGGCGGCAUUGUGGGAGGAGGCGGAGCAGCGCCGUCUUGGCGCCCUUGUGCAGGAGGCAGCAUGUGAUGCCCCGCCGUCAUCGCCGUCGCAGUCGGCUACGCUUAGUGGAGAAGCACUGGCGCAGCACAAGGCGGAGAGCGAAAACAACGCCGACGUGGACGGCUUAGUGAACUCGCGUGUGGUCUCCGUGGAGGACACGGACGAGGCAGGUAGCUACCUCGACGGCGAUGACGCGAUUGACCUUCAAGACCUGAAUCGCCUGUACGACUAUUACAAGCGCCGGGAUCGGGCAGUGGAGUCGUCGGAGCAGGAAGCGGCAGUGGCGGAGCUCGCUGUAGUUGCGGCUUCGGAGGCAGGCACCCCGAAGCGGGCGCGGUGCUACGAGCUCAGCUCACGCAAGUACAUUGAGCGCGUGGUUUUGGCACAGCGGUCACAGCAGAUGAUGGCGCUCAUGUGGCUUCUUGCAGAGUCGAUGCGGCACGCCUGGAAACUGCAUUUCCGCCUUGCCCAGCUGUACGUGAACUACGUCCCCUUGUAUCUACAGGCUGGCGGGUUUGCCGUUGGUGGCGUUGAGGAAGGCAAUCUGCGGGACAUCACCCAGAGCAAGUAUUACGCCUACUUCUGCUCGGGCACCUUUGAUUACGAGUACUACACGUAUCAGUUUUGCCAGAAGUGGGAGUCCCUCUUCGGGGAUGUCCAGCAUUACCUCUGCGAUGACACCACGGGACACGUCGGCAGCGUUGGCGUUGCGGCGACGCUGCUGUACUCUAUGGAGCUCUUUGCGCGGCAGCACGAGCUGCAGGUGGCGGUGCGGGAGGUGGAGCAAUGGCUGCAGGCACGCUGGAAGCGCAUGAGCGAGGCCGCCGUGCUCGUGUCGUCCCCCACCACCGCUCCCACCACCAACGCGGUGGAAACACCGCCGAAUAGGAGUAGUAGUUGUAGUCAGAGUAGUGACGGUACACCCACCCCCGUGACGCACGAAGGCGACGCGGCCCGUGCGGGUGACAGCGACGAGUGCGGCUCGAGGGAGGAAUGUGGCCCACAACUCGUCCUCACCAGCCCCGUGGCCGCCACGCUCCAGCCCGUCAACGCGGCGGAGGAGGGGUUGACGCACGUUCCCAUCGACUGGUGGAGCGCGCAGGACGCGGAUGUUAGGGCCCAUGUGAGUUGGAACCGGAAAAAGCGGAAGCUUCGCCACAUUUCUCUCGGAAUGGCGGCGCUGCGGAAGGCGAACCUCCUUCAGUGCCCCGACGGCGCCGUCAACGGCACGCAGGACCCCGCGCCGCAGCUGCAGGCGUGGCUGCCGGGGGCGCUCGAGCCCAUUAUGGAGGGCGGCAUCGAUGAGGAGGGGCAGUCGCACCGCGUCGUCAGCGUCGGCUGCUUCGGCUUCUCAUUCUUCUCGCUGUGGGACUAA